AUGAAGGAGAACGGGUCCUUGUGUCAAGUGGAGCAGCUGCCCCAUAGGUGCCUACUAGAGCCUGGGUGCCACUCUCAGAGCUGCAAACGCAGUGGCCGGAUGUCCAUCAGCGCAGGUGUUCGAAGCAGAGCCAAUGGGGCCGUUAAGGCUCUGUGCAAUGACCCCGAGUGCGGCACCUCCGUCAGGCUGGAAAGCACAGGGCAGAUCCAGAGGGGUGGACGAGGCGAGAAGGCGUUGGUGACCGGGGGUGCUGGCUUCUUUGGCUUUAGGCUUGGCAAGGCUCUGGCCAUGCAGGGCAUCAGUGUAAUCCUGCUGGAUCUGCAUCAGCCACGGUGGGAGCUUCCAGACAGAGCAGUGUUCCUGCAGGGUGAUGUGCGCGACUAUGACACCCUCUAUAAGGCAUGUGCCGGAGUGGACUGUAUAUUUCACACUGCGUCCUACGGCAUGUCAGGACCAGAACAGCUCAGGAAAGAGCUGGUGGAGUCUGUCAAUGUCGGCGGCACCAAUAACGUCAUAAACGUAUGUUGCGAGCGUGGCGUCUCCAGACUGGUGUACACCAGCACGGUGAACGUGGUGUUUGCUGGGAGGCCUAUUGAGGAUGGGGACGAGGACUCUGUGCCCUGCGUGCCUCUGGAUAAGCACAUAGACCACUAUUCCAGGACUAAAGCCAUCGCCGAGCGCAUGGUCCUCAGCGCCAACAGAAGAACCUUACAAGAUGGUGGCCUUCUGCAGACGUGUGUGUUACGACCUUCAGGUAUUUACGGUCCUGAGGAGAGGAGACAUCUACAUCGAGUGAUGGUGAACGUGGAGCGCAGGUUGUUUAGUUUCACUUUCGGUGACCCCAAGGCCAGGAUGAACUGGGUACAUGUGGACAAUCUGGUCACGGCUCAUGUCCUGGCAGCUGAAGGCCUCAUGCCUGAGAGAAGCUGUGUCGCAAAUGGACAGGCCUACUUCAUCAACGACGGCGAAUCUGUGAAUGUGUUCGACUGGAUGACACCACUGUUCGAGAGACUGGGCUACACUCGUCCGCUGAUCCGUCUCCCAGUUUCACUCGUCUACUCAGCAGCAUUUCUGAUGGAGCAGUUACAUGUGGCUCUGAGGCCCGUUGUCAAGGUUCCUCUGCUCCUGACCAGAAAUGAGGUGAGAAACAUCUCAGUGAGCCACACCUUCAGGAUCGAGAAGGCGCGCCAGGAGCUGGGCUUCUCCCCGAAGAAGUACACCCUCGCCGACUCGGUGGACGAGUACCUCCAGAGCCGACCUGACGCCUCCGAAUCCUCGCGCCCUUUCCUCUUCGCCAUGCUGAUGAUGAUGAUGCUGGUGGGACUGGUCUUGCUGAUGCUAUGCUCAAGCUGGCAUUAG